AUGGCCGAGCAGACAGAGAGAGCUUUCCAAAAGCCCUUCCACGAGUACCACAAUCGUGACGCCAAGGGUCGCAUCGAUUUCAACAGCACCAAGAGAUGGUACAAGAACAUCGGUUUGGGAUUUGUGACACCCGAUGAAGCCAUCAAUGGGACUUACAUUGACAACAAGUGCCCGUUCACUUCAAAGAUCUCGAUCAGAGGAAGAAUCCUUUCUGGAAUUGUCAAGUCGUGCAAGAUGAAAAGAACGAUCAUUGUCAGAAGAGACUAUUUCCAUUACAUCCCAAAGUACAACAGAUAUGAAAAGAGACAUAGAAACAUUGCCGUCCACUGCUCCCCAGCCUUCAGACAACUUAAGGAAGGUGACUUUGUUGUCUUCGGUCAAUGCAGACCACUUUCUAAGACCGUCAGAUUCAACGUCCUCAAAUACACUUCCAGAGGAUCUGCUGACAAAAAACAAUUCGCUAUCUUCUAA